AAGAGUGAGCUUUUAUAAACUUCACGCAGUGUUUGUCAUGUGAAAUCUUCAGCUGUUGAGAAAUAAUUCUGAGUAACCAGAUGGGCUUAUUUUAAAUGGGCAUCUUUUUGUCUCAAAGACGUCUGCAAAUCUCCAUUGAGAACACCCCUGGAUGAGGAUUUCCUCCGAUGCGUUUUUCCCUCCCCCAAGUCUCGCUGAAACCAACAGGACUGGGGUUAUGAAGUCAAUCCUAGAUGGCCUCGCAGAUACAACGUUCCGAACAAUCACAACAGAUCUCCUUUACGUGGGUUCCAACGAUAUCCAGUACGAAGACAUGAAGGGCGACAUGGCAUCCAAGCUGGGGUACUAUCCCCAGAAGUUUCCUCUCUCUUCCUUCAGGGGUGAUCCUUUCCAAGAAAAAAUGACUGCGGGAGAUGAUCCCCUGUUGAGCAUUAUUCCCUCAGAUCAGGUCAACAUCACAGAGUUUUACAACAAGUCCCUCUCCACGUUUAAGGAUAAUGAGGAGAACAUACAGUGUGGGGAGAACUUUAUGGAUAUGGAGUGCUUUAUGAUCCUGAACCCCAGCCAGCAGCUGGCCAUCGCCGUGCUGUCGCUCACCCUGGGCACCUUCACGGUCCUGGAGAACCUCCUCGUCCUGUGCGUCAUCCUCCACUCCCGAAGCCUCCGGUGUAGACCCUCCUACCAUUUCAUCGGCAGCCUGGCUGUGGCCGACCUCCUGGGCAGCGUGAUUUUCGUCUACAGUUUUGUGGAUUUCCAUGUUUUCCACCGGAAGGACAGCCCCAACGUCUUCUUGUUCAAACUGGGUGGAGUUACAGCCUCCUUCACCGCCUCCGUAGGUAGCCUUUUCCUCACGGCAAUAGACCGGUACAUAUCUAUACACAGGCCUCUAGCUUACAAAAGGAUUGUUACCCGACCAAAGGCUGUCGUAGCGUUUUGUGUGAUGUGGACCAUCGCUAUUGUAAUAGCCGUUCUUCCUCUGCUGGGCUGGAACUGCAAAAAGCUCAACUCGGUUUGUUCGGACAUCUUCCCCCUCAUCGACGAGACGUACCUGAUGUUCUGGAUCGGGGUCACCAGCGUCCUCUUGCUGUUCAUUGUCUAUGCCUACAUGUACAUACUGUGGAAGGCUCACAGCCACGCUGUGCGCAUGAUUCAGCGGGGCACCCAGAAAAGCAUAAUCAUUCAGUCUACGGAGGAUGGUAAGGUCCAGAUCACUAGGCCUGACCAAACCCGUAUGGACAUCAGGUUAGCCAAAACCUUGGUCCUUAUCCUAGUCGUUUUAAUCAUAUGCUGGGGCCCUCUCCUCGCCAUCAUGGUGUACGACGUCUUUGGGAAAAUGAACAAGCUCAUCAAGACUGUCUUUGCCUUCUGUAGCAUGCUCUGUUUGCUGAAUUCGACGGUGAACCCCAUCAUCUACGCUCUGAGGAGCAAGGACUUGCGACACGCCUUCCGCAGCAUGUUCCCCACCUGCGAGGGGACGGCGCAGCCCCUGGACAACAGCAUGGAGUCUGACUGCCAGCACAAACACGCCAACAACGCGGGGAACGUGCACAGGGCUGCCGAGAGCUGCAUUAAGAGCACAGUAAAGAUUGCCAAAGUUACCAUGUCUGUCUCCACAGACACGACUGCCGAAGCGUUGUAAGGCAGAGACUUCUCAGCCUUGUGAGAAUUUAAAAAAAAAAAAAUAAAAAAAUAAAAUUAAAAAAUAAAGAGGAGUUAGUUUGAAAAAAAUAAUAUAUAUUACAAAAAAAAAAAAAAAAUCAACAACAGAGAAAACCAAACCCAUGGCUUAACGUGUUUGUACCCUCCUGUAAUAUUUUUUUGGUCUGUCAUUGUAAGCUGAGCAAUGAUUGUGUUAAAGAGCAUUACCAUCAGCCAGUUCUUCAGGUUUUACAAUUAGGGAUUUGAGCUAAAUUUUCAAAAGUUUUUUUUCUCAAAAAGUGUUUACUGAAAUAAUGCUAAGUUUUCCUGAAAGAGCACAGAGAAAAUACCGGGUUAGCAGCGGUUCCUCUUUGGGGGUGUGAAGAAAAAUUGUGAAACCUAAUUGAAAACUAACGCAUCCUAAACCAAUACCAUCCAAUAAGAUAUAAAAAAAAAAAAAGCCUUGUAAUCGUGCUGUUCAUCUCAAUGUGAAAUGUAUUUCAUGUCUCUAAGUAGUAGGAGUUUUUUGAUUUUUUCCAAAAGCGGCAGUGCUGAGUUUUAGAGGUUUUGUAAAACGUGUCGUGUCCCGUGAAUUGUAUGCUGUUUUAUUAUGUGUUCUUGAUAUUUGUCUGAUUAAACAAAGUGAUAAGGUAGACUUUCCGUGGAAAUAACGUGAAACGUGAUAAUGUAAACCCCAUUGAAAACACCUCCUGUAUUUGAAGAAUUCCUAUGAGCUAUUUUGGAAAUUUUACACUUUUCGUGGUCUUCUGUGGACUUAGGGGCGAGGCUUUGCGUUCUUCUCCUAAAAUUAUUUCCCCCACUGCCUUUUACUUUCACAUGCGUAUGAGAGUAACAGCAACAGAGGAGUAGAGGAGGAGUGUAAGAGAGGAAUGCACUGGUUCAGACUUUUAAAUACCACUGCGUUUAUACAGAAGGACGUUUUACGGUGGCACAGACUUAUCGCCCUGCCCUCGGGCGUUGCGCGAACACGAGCACGGAAAAAAAGAGAAGGUCCUGGAUACUGGCUCCUUUAACGGGCAACUGGUUUUAAGCCACGUGCUGGUGCUGGACCACUUGAAGACAGCAUGUGUCAGACUCGGUGUGCAAUGUUAUCACUGUGCAGUCGAUGUAUUUACUUGAAGUGUGUCGCAUUUCCCCGGCUCCCGGGUCUCCCGAGCAGAUUUCAGAGCCUGGGAUGCCAAACUCCCGUCUUCACUAAAAGAGGAGGAAAUAUUGUCAGACUUUUUUCUUACCGUGUGAGCGUGUAUAUAAAUAAAUAUCUCCCCCCUGUGUGUGUGCGUGUGCGUGCGUGUGCGUGUGUGUAAGUAUACUAAUCAGUGUGAGUCAUGGUAGCAUAACUUAAGAUAGGACACUAUGACCAAAUGUAAACUGUAUUUCUCGUUGCACGCUUUGCACACGAAUUCUGUUUCUAAAAUUGAGUUCUUCCAACUGGUUACUGACGAAAGUACCGCAUUGAGGACAUCCCGGUCCACUCCGAGAGGUGUCUCCUUGUGCUAGAGAAAGGAACCUUGUGGUUGUACUUGAGAAUAAGGGGAAAGAGGAGGCAGAGCGUGGCAUGAGCCCGUGCUCAAAACUGCCGUGGCUCUCGGUGGUGUUCCGGGGAACUGAGAAAGCCAGAAAUAAAUGGUAGCUUGUCUGAAGGCCGUCAGCAUGCAAAUCUGAUGGCUUGAAAUGAGGUGAGUCUCGCUGUGAAACCAGGAUGCAGGUGACAAGGUGGGACUCUUACCAGCUUUGAGGAAGAAGCUAUUGAAGGCAAAUGGCACCUCUCUUCCCUGGUGGGGCUGUUUCUGCAGCCUGGGCCUUCCACCAAGAGCAUGUUACCAGAUAGUCUGUCAGCCUUGGGUCUUCUGUAAUUCCAUUCUGAAUCAGAAGGUACGGGGGUCCUCUUCUCUGCUGCCUUGCUUUUUUGGACCGUUUCCUCACCCUUCUUCUGGCUGGUUUCUCCCAAAAUGGCUGCAAAGGCGGCUUAGCCCGGUAGCUGCCUGAUGCUCGCCGCAGUACGGGUGACUCCCUCCGUGGCCCUGAGCGAGAGGACCCAGCUCCAUGGUGUCGUGCCACCCAUCCUCGGGGUAACGUAGGGAGAGCAAGGGGUCUCCAGCCACCCUGGUGUCCCCAUGGCAUUUCUGGUAACCAGCACAGUGUUCCUCUGCGGGAGCAUCAGUGGCUCCAAGUCCAGGGGUGAGGGACGGCACGUUUUGAAGGUCACAUCAGGUGAGGUGCUGAGCAGCAGCUGGAAGACACAGGGGUACUUUCCUCCUCUACCCAUCCUCCCCCACAGCUUACCUGGGUGGUAGGACAGGCCACUGUGCCCUCCAUGGGGCCACAGCAGGCGGCCAAAACUGAGGGAUUGCAGAGGAUUCCUGUGGGACGUGCAAGUCCUUCUGAAAGACCUUCCUCGUAGCUAGUCCGUCCUAAAGCAGUCCUCUUGGGGGAAGGAAGGGGAGGAGCCCAUUUGAAAUGUCAAGGUAUUUUAAGAGCCAUUUUUGAAACUGUCUUCUUGUGAAUUAAAUGCAAACUUCGUGGACUUUUUCAUUGUGCAUUCAAGUUCAAAAUUUUACAUGAUAAAUCAUGGGACAAUGGGGCUGUCUUGGCACUUAACUUGGUGCUUACUGAUAUAAUAAGAAAUAGCAUCCUGUGAAACGUUACCGUCUAUCAUCAGUAUCUUCAUUUGCAUAAUGAGUUUUUCUAAAGCUCUGGGAACUGUGUCGGUUCACUUAGAACCAUUUAUUAAAGAGGUGGAAACAAUUUCCCUGCCCAUCGCGCACUAAGUAGAACUACUCUUUCAUUAGAAAAAAACAUCUGCUGCCGUUCCGAGAUAAGCUGUACUUCAACUUCAGCUCUAGGUAUUCCUAAUUUGCCUACCUUCACUUAGUGAUAGCACAGCCAAACGAUACUGUGUUCCACGGCCACCCACACCAUCAUCAUCAUCAUCAUCAUCAUCAACCAACCACCCAACGAUGGUUGCAGUUAACGUAUACGUACCAACUCCACGUGUCGCGUACCUACCGAGAAGGCCAUCUGUGUCACGUGUGUGCAGAGUUAAGAUUCUCAACAGUCUAAUUGUAUAUUUGUAUAAUACAAUCUCCUCGAUGCUGUGCAAUCACUAUCCACAUCUUCUUGCACUGGCCUUUCGAUGACAACUUUAGUGUGUCUAUUGUGAGAUAGACAGUGCAUCUUACCUGCUGUUAUUGGGCUGAAUGUAUGUAAAUAAGUGAAAAAUUAAAAAAAAAAAAAAGUCAUCUGUACAAGCAGUGGCCUAAAAAGUCUGUAAUUGUAGACUAGGACAAUUGUUGAAGUUGCUGUGACAUCUCAAAUACUACCUUUGAAUAAACUGUUUACAGGGUCUCUUGGGAUGCUGUUUCAUAGUGAAAGGAAAAUCUUUCCUUGUGAUAAUAUGAGGUAAAGAAAUUGGAUUACCUGAGGUUUUUAUUUCCAAGUGUUUCAAAGUGGAGAACAUAACUCUUUAUUGUCUGUAAAUCUAACAUUAUUACUUCCUCUUAGAAGAAUAUUGUAUCAUUAGAUGUUUGUUUGAGCUGGUAACAUCCUUGCAACUGCUGCAAUAUUUUUCAUUAGCAACCUGUAUAAUAGUUUGUACACAAGUACUGUUCCGAUUGUCAUGAAAAGUAGCUUUGACCAUUUACCUACCAGUAGCAGAAUAGUAUUUCUGUAAGAUUUCCAGUGUAUUCCUACCAUAUCAUAUUUUAUUUCUAUAAUGUAAUUAAACUGUUAUUUAUUCAAGGAGAAAAAGUAUUCCUCUACUUUUUUGUUUUCCAAAUUUUGAGAUAACUGAGGAAGCCACGUGAUGAUGCUGCCUCAUCCCACAAUCUGGUACUCUACGUUUUGUUUAUAAGUUUGUCUGUCAGAUUCUAAAACAACUGCUUAAACAACUUGACAACAGGUUGUCAAGCUUUGUGGGUUUUAAUUGUACGUUGAUAUGUUUGAAGGAGGAGGUAGAUUAUAUAUUUUGUAUUUGUGUAUUCAGUACUAUGGAGACAAGAGAGAAAUGACAUAGUUAAAACCGAAUCUCCUGUUUCAUUAUGUAGGCAAUUUCCCCUUUCCUCUGUAUUAGCCAAAAUGCAAUAAAUCUCUUUUUCCUUCCUCAGAUGCA